UGAGGAGGAUGAGAGCCGCAGAUGGGCCUCGGGGGGCGAGCUGCGCUUCUGUUCCGUCCGUUCCUGUCUCCUCCCCCAGUCCUUCCGUUAUCUCUGCCGUGCCGUGACAGCGGGAGGAUCGUGUUUCCUCGUGCGGUUUGCGCGAGCCGCUGCUGCUAAGCGAAGGACGUGCCGCUCGGCCGGGCUGGAAGCGAGGUGUUGCCGAGCAUGCCGUUUGGGUCGUCUGCUGCGGCCUAUUGAACAGCCGAGGCAGCAGGAAUUUCCCCUAGAGUGCUCUAGUUUUCUACGGGAUUGUUAUGUAACAACUUAAAAUUUUCUUAUGAAACUUGGCAAUGGCUUCAAGAGGAACAACAGAGACCAGUAAACUGAAACAAAACUUGGAAGAGCAGUUGGACAGACUAAUGCAGCAGCUUCAAGAUCUGGAGGAAUGCAGAGAGGAGCUAGAUGCAGAUGAGUAUGAAGAAACCAAGAAAGAAACUCUAGAACAGCUGAGUGAGAUCAAUGACUCACUGAAGAAGAUUAUGUCUGGCGAUAUGACGUUGGUGGAUGAGCUCAGCGGCAUGCAAUUGGCAAUACAGGCAGCCAUCAGCCAAGCAUUUAAAACUCCAGAAGUAAUUAGAAUGUUUGCAAAGAAACAACCAAGGCAAUUGAGGACAAAGUUGGCAGAGAUGGACCGAGACCUAAUGGUCGGGAAGUUGGGACGAGACCUGUACACACAACAGAAAGUUGAAAUCCUGACUGCUCUCAGGAAGCUUGGUGAGAAGCUGACACAAGAGGAUGAAACCUUCUUGUCAGCAAAUGCAGGUGCAGCCCUGAGCCAGUUUGAGAAAGUCUCUUCUGACCUUGGAUCAGGAGACAAAGUCUUCGCUCUAGCAAACUUUGAAGUAGAGAAGGCAAAGCAGUGAAGAGGUGUGUGAGACUUGAGUCUCUCCUGUUGUCAGCAGAAUUGGACUUUGGUCAUAUUGUAAUAGUUGUUUUUUUUCUAUUUUUAAGAUGUUGCAAAAAACUAACAACUCAUCAACAAACCUUAAGCCUCUUGGGUUCUUAACCAGAAGAUAUGAAGUAAGCAGCCUUAAAGUGCACUUUGGAACAUUGGUGUCUGUGUACCCCUCAGUAACAUAAGUUCUGAGGUUAAAUGCUAAGUGGUACUCUGAAAACAACCUUCUUAUGACUGUCUUUGAAAAGAAUCAGCUAUUUUCAACUUUUCUGAAUUUCUCUAUUUUCUGUAUUUCUCUAACUAUUAAAACAUACUCUUUUUGCAUAUUGUUGUAGCAGGCGAUCUUUUUCAGGAACAGUCCUAAAGAAUAAGUUGUAUUGUAAUUGUAAUUGCUCUCAAACUCUUAAAUUUUAUUCAGGCUCCCUACUAAUUAUUAUACACUAGGAAUUUGCAUAUUUUAAAAUUUGACGUGGUUUAUUUGAAAUGCCAUCUUUCUACAAACUGUUUGCAGAAGAACCAAAAUGAGACUGUAUGCUGAUGGUUGGCCCUUGUCUACUUGUUUGCUGUGCACAUGAAUGAAUGCCAUUGUAUCCUGGCCGUGAUUGACAAACAAUGGAAGCCCUGUGGGGAGAUUUCUGGAGUAAUUUAACCUCGUCUAUUGAAAUGACAGGGCAUUGCUAGGAAAUGGCAAUGAGAAAGCCCUUUCUGUUGACCUCUUACUUGAGUUCUGGGUAUAGAACUGCGUGCUACCGUUACUUCCCAGGAUUUCUGAGGUAGCACAGAAUAGCAACGAAGUAGAAACAAAGUUUAAAAAAAAAAAA